AUGGACUCCCGUGGCCUGUUGAACGGCCUGGACGGCUCUCUGCCCGGUCCCUGGGUGGAUCAGUAUAAUUCAUGGCGCUUGUCUGUGACGGGGUUCCUACAACAGAGCUUAGUCCGUCGUCCGCGGCCGCGACCGAUUCGGACUGCUUGCACAGUCGCAGCAUGUUUCUUCUUCCUAGUUAUACUGCUGCGAUCACAUCGCGAGCCGGAAGUCAACUACUGGACCGAGUACCCUUCGUAUCACCCUUUCCAUGAGAAGCCCGAAGACGCUACAAUCGUUUCCCCGAGACUCGCCCUCGAACAUAAUGAUACCCUCCCCGAUAAUCUACAAAAGACCAAUCCCUCUUUUCAUCUCGUGCUCCCCGCAACGCGGAGCACCCCCGACCUAUGCCGUACCCUGACUUCGGCCAUGAUCCUGAACUACCCGCCGCCGACUCUAGUCCGCUACGGGAGAGAGCUACCCGAGGGCUCUGCAGGCCACGACUAUAUGGUUGAUAGAAUCACGGGAAUAUACAACUUUCUAGCAUAUACGCCGACACUGCAGGAUAACGACAUUGUGCUGAUUGUGGACGGCUUCGAUAUCUUCUUCCAACUACCUCCGGAGGUGCUCGUCAAGCGCUAUCAAGACUUGUUGCGCGAGAACAAUGCCAAGUUGCGAGAGAAGUACGGGAUGGUGACGGUUGAGAGGCCUUUCCGCAAGGAUGUAAUGGAAACUAUGCAAAAAUACUCGCAACGUGUGAUCUUUUCGGCUAGCAAGGAAUGCUUCCAUGAUCUUGCCGAAGAUGCGGGCUGUGUCUCUGUCCCUGGCUCUACCCUCCCGCCGGAUGCGUAUGGAUGGAAGACGGACACGCAGGGACCUUUGACCCGGCCCCGAUGGCUCAAGCCUGGUGCUGUCAUUGGGCAGGUGGCGGACCUCAAAUUGAUUUAUGCUCAGGUCCUGCGGUUUGUCGAGGAGCACCGUGCUGUUGACGGAGAUUAUCUGGCAUUGACGCAGAUGUACGGCCGGCAGGAGUAUGUGCGCGAGCUAGAACGGCUGAGAACUGCAAGCGGGUUGAGAGAGACUCUGAACCGGUGGAUUGGCAUUUCCGAGGCCACGAACAUCACCAAGGUUAACCCGCGACUUCAAUCCGGACAACGGUACGAAUACGGAAUUGGUGUGGACUUUGAGUCUCGGCUGUUUUUCAACGCGGUGAAUGCGAAGCAAGACGUCGAAUGGUUGCGAUACAACAAUGUCACAAAGACCUCGACCGCGCAAAUGGAGCACCGCGUGCCCCGUGAAUCUCGCCUCUUGCUACCCGAAGACAUCUCAGAGAAAAAGCUCGGCAAUCCGUUCAAGCAACCGAAAUUUGACAAGGACGAAUACAUAAACCCGCCGUGGAACGACACUCUGGACCAUCUCCCAGCAAACCGGACAUGGAACAACAUUCCUCUGCUCACAAAUGUCCAUUCUGCAGAAGUCCCCGUUCUGGUGCACAUGAAUAUGAAAGACAAGGGGACUAUCCGAGACAUCUGGUGGUCGAAGAUGUGGUACUUCCCCUGGGGCCGGGCCCUUCUCCGCAAGUAUAUACGCGCGCAGACCGGAUUCGACGCCGCGCAACAAGCCCUUCUAGGCGGACAGAACUCAUGGGACCAGCGUGGUGGUGCCGGUGGUGUCUGGACCGACAAGGGCGAGUGGAUUGACUACCCGGAAGUCUGUGCUGGGUUUGAGCGUGACCUCUUCGACGAUGAUCUAGGGGUCUUUGGCGAAGAGGCCGGCGACGAGUACGGCGGACCUGUUUAUAACCAGUGGGGCAAUCUGGUGAAGGGGAGAGAGUUCUAG